CAAGCCGCGGCCGGAUCCACUAUGUACAAAUAAUUUUUUUGCUUUUCGCCUUAUUAUUUUUCAAAAUUCUGCAUAUCAGCAGUUAUUUAGGCGUGUCUUUUUCGUAUGUUCCUGUGGGAAGCGAAGAUCACUUAACUGCACGCACUUGUUGUCGGGAUGGCCGAGCAGGAGACUGAAUUUGCGGAUAUGAUAGCAGCUCACGCACCACAGCUGCGAAAUUCCGGAGUACAUCCGAUAUUUUGGACAACGCUAUUCCGGAAACUGCGAGAUGAAGUGUGGGACCUUGCAAGCACGGUUGUUCUGAAUCGUGUGAUUGCAGUGGAUCCGGAGACAGAAAAAGAGACCAACCCUUCGUCUCCUCGUGUCUAUCUGGCGGAAAAUGCGCUGCCAUUGCACCCGGAUAGGCCGGAGCAUAUUUAUCUUAUUGAUCACGCUUGGACUUUCGAUUUAACUUCGGCGCGAAAUAUGCUGGUAGCCUACCCGAGCCUGCUGAAUCGCAUGUGCGAUAUCGUCGAUGUACCGGCGAAUGCGGCUGAAAGUUCAGAUGAAUUGGUUGACGAUGUUUUGCGACUAAUGUGGAAGUAUAUUAAUACUUACAGCUUCAACAGCGCUAGCUUAGAUGUUGAACAAAAAUUACCCAAGUGGUACAUGAUGGACGAAAUUGGAUCCCGUCUUCGUCAUUCUGAUUCUCCGAAUUGUCGAAUUGUUCCAUUCUAUUUCAUCCCUCAAGAUAUCACGUAUUCUCUGCUGUUUCCGAUCAAAAUUAUACCGCCAGGAGAGGAAUUGACACGCAAUUUUGUGGAGAAUAUCCGUUUCCCGGAUCCCUUGACGCGGCAGUGCCGGCUUUUACCAUGGGUGGAUUUUGCCUUGCCCAGUGUUGGGUUUUCACCCCGUGAUGUAGCAGCCGAUUAUUUUUCGAGCAGUAAAUUGCUGGAUACUCUACCAGUUCCUUUGGCACUGUCCGGUCCUAAAUUAUUAGAAGAGAAAGGACAUUUGAAUGUUUAUGCGGAAUACGAGGUCCUUGCGGAUAGUUUGACGGAUUCGCGGUUUAGGAUUGUCAAAGAACAGGCAGAUGCUGACAUUCUGUGGUAUAACCGCCAUUUUAAUGAUUUCCGGGGGUUAAGCAUGGAAUUCCCGGAUAAAUUUGUAAACCAGUUUCCAUACGAAAGUGUUGUAACAGUGAAAGACUUGUUGGCCAUUGUUUGCCGGCGAGCUAGCGAGGGAAAGCGCUUGGUGAAUCCAGACACACUGCAAGUUUCUCCACAGUGGCUACCGGCAACCUAUAAUUUGGAUACCGAUUUGCCAAAUUUUGUUGCGUAUUUUCGGGCGCGAGAAGAGCGCGGUUUGGAUAAUUUUUGGAUUUGUAAACCUUGGAAUCUGGCAAGAUCUUUGGAUAUCACUAUUUCUGAUGAACUGGAUUGUAUUGUGCGUUUACCGGAAACUGGACCAAAACUGUGUUGCAAAUACAUUGAGAAUCCCGUUUUAUUUCAACGGGACGACAUUCCGGAAGGCCCUGUCAAAUUUGAUUUACGUUUUAUUGCUAUCGUGAAAAGUGUCUCUCCUUUAUCAGUGGCAGUGUAUAAGCGGUUUUGGCUCCGGUUUGCAAAUAAACCGUUUGCCUUGGAUGAAUUUGAGGUGUACGACAAGCACUUCACAGUAAUGAAUUACGGACAGGGAGUCAUCCACCAGAUGUUCUGUGAUCGUUUUAUUGAGAAAUUCGAAAAGCAGCAUCCAGAACAAUCGUGGAAUUGUGUUGAGAAAGAUUUAUAUGGAGUUGUGCGGGAAGUAUUUAAAGCGGCUGCAAGCCGAGAUCCACCGGAAGGUUUUGGACAUUCUGUGCAGUCCAGGGCCGUAUAUGGGUUAGACUUCAUGUUGGCAUGGAAGGAAGAUAACGGUAGGAAAUCCGUCCAACCAAUGCUUUUGGAAAUUAAUUACUCCCCGGAUUGCAAACGAGCUUGUGAUUAUUAUCCCGGAUUUUAUAAUGAGAUUUUCAGUUACAUGUUUUUGGAUGAGGUACAAGAUACUAUCGCCGAACUGUAGUCUGUUAUUUUAACUGUCAGUGGUAGCAGUUCUCUAGUUUUAGUUGUCUACUGACUUAUGACUUGAUAACGGAGAAUUGGUUUUUUACUGUGAUUUCCAUGUUGAAAAUGAAAUCCUCUGUUUUG